UGUACAUGCGCAGAAUUGGCAAUCCGGGAAAUCUGCGGUGGUAUAGGUACUAUGUACUUGCCUAGGUUAUGGAGACACUGUGGGAGGCCAUGUGCAGACAGGACGGGCCUAGAAACUCAUUAAUUUAGGUACCUACAGUACAGUGCCUAGGUACUUACAUAAUUUACUUCUCAAAAACAUCUUUGCUUUUUCUUCUUCCCCCUUUUUUCACUUAUCCCUCCAUAUUCAAUUACAAUUACAAUUAUCUAUUCAUAAUCACCAUGGUCUUUUAUUUCAAGUCAUCCGUCGUGGAACCUGCCGCGUUCGUAUAUGUCGGCAAAGACAAAUUUGAAAAUGAAGAGUUGAUUAAAUAUGGAUGGGAAGAAGACGUCUGGUUCCACGCGGACAAGCUCUCAAGCGCGCACAUCUACCUGAGGCUCAAUGAGGGCGACACCUGGGACAACAUACCAGAGGACCUGGUGACAGACCUGGCCCAGCUGACCAAGGCGAACUCGAUCGAGGGCAACAAGAAGGACAACGUCACCGUCAUCUACACGCCGUGGUCCAACCUCAAGAAGGAUGGCAGCAUGGCCGUCGGGCAGGUCAGCUUCAAAGACCACCGCAAGGUCAAGAAGGUCCUUGUGCCCCAGCGCGAGAACGCCAUCAUCAACCGGCUCAACAAGACCAAGAUCGAGAAGCAGCCCGACCUGCAGCAGGAAAGAGAGGACCGCCGCAGAGAGCUGCGGAAACGGGACCAGGCCGCGCAGCAACAACGGAGGAAGGAAGAAGCCAAGGUAUUGAAGGAGCGACAGGAGAAGAAGUGGCAAAAGGAUCACGCCUACGAUGACUUGUUCACGGAGGAGAAUCUAGAGGCCUCGAGCAACCAGAACCGGCCUGAGAACUGGGAGGAUGACUUUAUGUGACCUGAAAAUGCCUAUCUAAAACGUCUCCCGUAUAAAAAUACAAUACAAUUACAA